AUAUUUAUUUGCAGACAAGUGACGAUUGCUUUCACGUUUUGUGAUCGGUGCCAAAAGGAUUUAAGACGUUAGAAUUGCUAGCUAACAGCAGGCUAGCUGAGUUAGCUUUAGUGAUAGGCUGGGGUUGGCUAGGUUAAAGUAAACUGCUACAAUCCUUACCUUUAGUUUAGCAUAUUUUGCUUUUGAUAAAAAAGCCAAAUAUAAGCUCUCUUGGGUGUUUUUUUACAACCCGUUCCCUCAACUAACAGGUAAAUUGAUUACAGACAUUAGCUAGCAGUAAAAUUGACUGCUGUUUUAGAGUUGACAGCACCUUAUGUGUAAUAAUAUCAGAAGAUGACAACUGAAGACGUGGAGCGGCUGUUGAUCCAGUUUCAGGAUGAAGAUGGGGAGGUUCUGGGUUCACCUUUUGAUGUGCCUCUCGACAUUACCCCAGAAAAGCUACAGCUCGUCUGCAAUGCCUUGCUACAGAAGGAGGAACCAGUGCCUUUGGCAUUUUUUGCGCGUGGAGAGGCCGAGGUGGUCUCCAGUCUGGGUGAUUGUGUUAAAACUCUUGCGGUGGAAACAGAGCAAGUUCUGCCAGUGGUAUACCAGCCUCAGGCUGUGUUCAGGGUUCGGGCAGUGGCCCGCUGCACCAGUACACUACAAGGACACACAGAGGCUGUAAUCUCUACUUCUUUCAGCCCAACUGGCAAAUAUCUGGCCAGCGGUUCCGGUGACACCACCGUACGCUUUUGGGACUUGACAACUGAGACACCCCAUCACACUGCCAGAGGACACACACAUUGGGUGCUGAGCAUUGCCUGGUCUCCUGAUGGCAAGAAGUUGGCUUCAGGGUGCAAGAACAGUCAGAUCUGUUUGUGGGAUCCAGUGACAGGCACUCAGAUGGGGAAGACACUGACAGGACACACCAAAUGGAUCACUUGGCUCUGCUGGGAACCCCUCCAUUUGAACCCAGAGUGCCGCUACUUAGCCAGUAGCUCUAAAGACGGCUCACUGCGGAUCUGGGACACUGUGUUGGGACACUGUGAGAAGAUCCUGACUGGACACACUCAGUCCGUCACCUGUGUAAAGUGGGGAGGAGAUGGACUUCUUUACACAUCUUCCCAAGACAGGACUGUCAAAGUGUGGAGAGCCAAAGAUGGUGUUCAGUGCAGGACUCUGCAGGGUCACGCCCACUGGGUGAACACUCUGGCUCUUAGCACAGAUUACGUCCUGCGUACAGGAGCUUUUGAACCUGCAACUGCCACUAUCAACCCCCAGGAUCUCACCGGAUCCCUGGACGAAUUGAAGGAGAGAGCCUUGCAGAGAUACAACAAAGUUAGAGGUUCAGCUCCAGAGCGCUUGGUGUCUGGCUCAGAUGAUUUCACUAUGUUCCUGUGGAAUCCUGCUGAAGGCAAGAAGCCUUUGGCCAGGAUGACCGGACAUAGCGCUCUGGUCAAUGAAGUGCUGUUCUCUCCUGACACCAGGCUCCUUGCUUCUGCUUCAUUUGAUAAGUCCAUUAAAAUCUGGGAUGGACGUACUGGAAAGUAUUUGAUGUCCCUACGUGGCCAUGUGGGAUCUGUGUAUCAGGUGGCAUGGUCAGCAGACAGCAGGCUGCUGGUCAGUGGCAGCAGCGACAGCACCCUCAAAGUGUGGGAUGUUAAGACUGGGAAACUCAACAUGGACCUUCCCGGCCAUGCUGACGAGGUUUAUGCAGUGGACUGGAGUCCUGAUGGACAAAGAGUGGCCAGUGGCGGGAAAGACAAAUGUCUUCGAAUAUGGAGAAGAUAGCCACAUGUGUUCUCUACUCUAACUUUGGAGCAAAGCAUCACAUCUUCUGCUGUCAAGAUGUCUGACAGAUGGAGCAAAGGCAGUCCAGACUGUAUCUAAUCCACCAUUUGUCUUUAAAACAUCUGUCAACAAUGGUAUUGGGCUCGGUAUCUCGAGUCUACUCACAACACAAAUGCCGAGUCUUGGAUUGAAGCCUAGUUGAGACUAUAUUUACACUGUUCAGAUGCUCAGCUGAAUGGUAAUUUAAAAUGUAAAGCAUAUAUCUAUAUAUCUUUGUUGCAUUUCUGUGUGAAUAUAACUGAAAAGGGGGGGCGGGCAGAUUCUGAUCUAAGCAUAUCAAGAACCUGCCUGCAAAUUCUUCAGAAUUAAAUUUUUCAAAAGAAAUUUGACAGUAUAUGAGGAUAACUAAUAUUUCUCAGCAGCAUGUUUGUCCUUUAUUCUUCUAAAGCCUCACAAGAGAUAAACAGUAAGGUGACAGGUGGGCCAGCAAGACAGCAGGUGGGAGCCUUAAUGCCUUCCUCUGUGAUGUUAAUUCCAAUGGUGCUUGCCCUGUUUCUUCAGCCUUUAAUCUCCUCUGUCCUGUGGUCAGCAAAGCCCUAGCCUUCUACGUUUUUCUACCUGUGUGAUAAAGCUGCAAAAGCAGAACUGCUGAACUGUUCUUGUCACAUCUUAAUAUUCAAGUCACAUGAAUGUAAAUACGAAUAAAUGUGUCUGACACAUC